AUGGACAGGGAUAUCAACAAGAACAUCAACAGGGAAAUAUGGGCGGUCAAUAGGGAUGAUAUGGUGGGCGGCAGGGAUAUCAAGGUGGAGGUGGAGGUGGAUUCGGAGGACUGGGUGGUGAACAUUAUGGAGGGGGUGGUGCUGGGUUUGGAGGUCAAUAUCAAGGAUAUUAAGAAUGUCAAGGUGGAGGUGGAGGUGGAUUCGAAGGAUCAGAUAUUGAAUAUUAUAGAAAUGAUAAUGAUAGGUUCGGAGGUAAACAUCAAGGAUAUCAAGGAUAUCAAGAUAAAGAUCGAAAUAGAUUCGGAAAGUCAGAUAAUAAACAUUGCGGAAAUAGGUAGUGAUAAUGGAUUCGGAGGUCAAUGUCAAGGACAUCAAGGUGAUGGAGGGGGAUUUGGAGGUCAACAGGGACAUCAAAGGAGGAGGUGGUGGAAAGUAUAUGAGUAUGUAUAA